AUGAAAUCAUCUGUAGAAUCACAAUCUCCAAAAUGGCUUUCAAUUUUUCUCGCUCAUCUUGCUUUUCUUUUCGUUGGUAUUAUUGCAUAUUGUAGUUGUAAACAAAUGUUAUUAUUAUUUUAUAAUCGUUCAUUUCGUAAGUGUUCGAGUAGAAAACGAAGUCGAACAAUGAGUGAAUCCUCACCAGUUGUUGUACGACAUAGCAUAAAAUCAACGGAACCAUUAUUACAUAAACAUGAAAAUAUUCCAUCAAAAAAAGAAAAAUAUCGAACACAACAUUUACGAUUAGGAUCAGUUGAUCAUCCAAAUAAACAAAUUUAA